AUGUCACCACUACCUCUACUCCGACUACCAUUCCUUCCUCUUCAAAAUAUUAUUCAAAACUGGAAUAUCUAUGAAAUAUGUCAAUUUGCAAAAGUCUCCAAACGGACAAGAAACAUUGCAAAAGUAGCCACGAGAAAAUCCGUGAAAAUAACUUUAUACAGUGGUGAGAGUUUUGUGAUUGACACGUUUUUUACUGAGAAAGGAUUCAUCGUUCCGUGGAAUCAUCGUCCGGAGACUUGGAGACUCGAGUUGAAAGAUGUCUCAGAAAGGGAUAACACGGAAUCAGAGGAUCUUGAUGAGUAUGAUCGGCAUCAUACUCUCAACUUAUUUUCUGAUAAUCCACUGCUUCUUUUUCUUGAAACUCUUGAAUUUCUUUUCAACGUGUUCGAUUGUUCUAUUCACUCGGUCUACUGGAACGGUUGGAAAUCCGAAGAUAUGCGACAAGUCAUCGAUUGGAUGAAUGGAUGUGAUAAACUGACAACAAUAAGGAAUGUUCGGUUCAUGUUGAACGUCAAUAAUCAGAUGACACUCGCUUUGUUCCUGGAAACAUAUCAGAAGAAACUAGGACGAAAUUGGAAGGAAGGGAAAUCAAAUUCGAUUCUGGAAGCUCUUCGAGUGUUUAUACCGGGUCAAGAAGAUUGGAGGACAGUCUUGAAUGGAUUGGGAGCAGUUGUAAGACAUCCGACACAAGUGACUAGAUGCUAUAUAGAGAAGGUAUGGUUUUACGGAGGAGUUGACAUUCAACGAGUCGAUGGAACGAUUGGAACAGUUAUAUGGACACACUAUCAGGGAAGAAGUGACCAAGAGAUGAUACCCAAAAACAUUAUUGAAGCAUUCGAGAAAACGAAACAAGAAUGGGUCGGGACGGAUAGUGACGUGGUUUUCGAAGAGAGAGGAGACAUGAUUCAAGUGUCAAAUGAGGAAGAAAUAAUUGAACAACGUCUUACGGAGAAUUCUUUCAACUUUUCUUUCGUUGUCUGGAAGUGA